ACAAUUAAUUAUUGCAUAGUACAAUUUCAAUACUGUACCACCUUUAUCUCUCGCCAUAGCCACCACCUUCACUUUCUCUCUCUAGGGCUCACUCUCUCUCUUAAAUCCUUUCCGCACACUGAGGCUCUAGUACAUGCAGCUGAAAAUGUCAUCUGAAUUACUCAACAAAGGUGCCAAAAUCGAGGUCCGGAUGCAAAACGACGGCGUAAUAUGGUACACCGCCACCUUCCUCCGCUCCUCCACCACCAAAAUCUUCGUGCAAUUCGAUACCUUAAGAGAGAGUGCGGAGGAUCCCGAGUCGCCUCUGCGGAGGGAUUACGUCAGUCCCGGCGAUAUCAGGCCGGCUCAGCCGCCGGAGAUUCACAGGUACUUAAAAGUAGGGGAAUCGGUGGAGGGUUUUUGUAGAGAGAGAAUGGGUUGGAGGAGAGGGAAAGUUGUGGAGAUACUGGAGUGUUCGAGGUAUACGGUGUCGUUUGACGAGGGCUCUCUUGCGGAGAUGGAACAGUGGGAGCUGAGAGCUGUUAGGGAGUGGAUCGACGGUUCGUGGGCCCCACCUUUUCGUCUUCAACAAGUAUUGCAGCAGAACAAGUCAUCAGAUUCACAAGUGAAGUCGAGGGGUCUAGUACUCAAGAUAAAGUGUAGUAGAAAAGCACCCGAGGCGAAAUUCAACGAAGGGAUGUUGGUGGAGGUCAAAAGUGACGAGGAAGGUUUUCGAGGUUCUUGGUUUACUGCAGUUAUUGGUAAAACCCUAGGAAAUAAUAGCAAGUUCUUGGUGGAGUAUCGGACGUUAAAAACAGAGGACAAGACGGAACUUCUCAAAGAAGAAGUGGAUGUUUCUUGCAUUAGACCUUGUCCCCCUGUUAUCCAACAGGUCAAACCCUAUGACUUUCUCGAAAGGGUCGAUGCUUGGUAUAACGAUGGUUGGUGGGAAGGCUACAUUGUCCAAGUUUUCAAUGCUUGUAAAUACAUGGUUCGCUUUACGAACAUGGAAGAAGAAAUGGUGUUCGAACAUUGCAAGUUGAGGCUUCAUCAAGAUUGGGUUGAUGAUAAGUGGCUUGCAGCCUCUAAGGUAAAUUUAGCUGAUGAGAAUUUGAAAUCGAGAAAGGGAAAAUUGAAGAGGAAACAUAGUGGGAAUGCAUGGGAGCCAACUUUCUGGAAUGGUAUGACUGUGGAGGUCAAAAGUGACGAAGAAGGUUACCAGGGUUCAUGGUACACUGCUGUAAUAAUCGGCUCCUUGUGUAAUAACAUGUUUUUGGUUGAGUACAAGACACUGAAAACAGAGGAUGAAACCGAACUGCUACGAGAGAAGGCAUUUGCUUCGUAUAUUAGGCCUUGUCCCCCUGAAAUCACACGUGUUGAUCGUUACAAAAUGCUCGAGAAAGUUGAUGCGUGGUACAAUGAGGGAUGGUGGGUGGGCCUUAUUUCCAAAGUUCUCGAUGAUUUAAAAUACUCGGUAUAUUUCUGGACAACAAAUGAAGAAAUUAUACUCGAGCAUAGAAGUUUGAGGCCACAUCAAGAAUGGGUCAAUGGAAAAUGGAUUGUCUCUUUCGGGGAAGAGCCGAAGUUGGUAGUACAAGAAAGAAGGGAAUGCUGAAAGUAGUGUAGUGGAAAUCGAGUAUUAAGAAUGUAAUAAAAGUAGAGGUGAGAGUGUUUUUGUUGUAUGUAUGGGAAGCAAGUAUAUAUAUUAUAUAUAUAUUGCGUAGGUUCCGUAAAGCUAAUCUAUAAUCACUUGUGUGGUUUGGUUUAUUCCAUUCAUGUGUUGUUUGCGCUUUUCCAAAGUGAUUAUGACUUUUUUAAUGUUUAAAAAAAGUUGAUUUUGACC